GCUGGUUGCACUGGGAAGCUGCCUGAUUGCAGUUUGCUGGUUGCACUGGGAGGGGGCCUGAUUGCAGUUGGCUGGUUGCACUGGGAAGGGGCCUGAUUGCAGUUGGCUGGUUGCACUGGGAAGGGGCCUGAUUGCAGUUGGCUGGUUUGCACUGGGAAGCUGCGAUCUCCCACAAUGCAGACAGCCUGCCCUGACGUCAGAUGACAGCAGUCGGAAUUGCUGUGUUGUGGGGGAGGAGGAGGUGGAUAUUUUUUUGAGGAUCAAGGGGGAGGGAGGGACCGGACUGACCGCUCGCUAUUGUCUGCGGAGAGAGAGGGAGAAGGAGAGGAGGAAGCUCCAGCCCCAGACCGAGCCCCAGCCUCACCAGCAGCGGCGGAGCGGGGAUGCAGUGAGAGCGGCUCAGCCCGCAGCUCCUCUCCCAGUCCGUGAGCUCACUGCCGGGGCUGUAUCCCUCUGCCUGCGGCCAGGAUGAUGGAGCUGGACGAUGGCGUGGUCUAUCAGGAUGACUGCUCGGUGUCCGUCAUGUCCGAGCGGGUCUCCGGCCUCGCCAACAGCAUCUACCGGGAAUUCGAGAGGCUCAUCCACAAAUAUGACGAGGAGGUGGUGAAGGAGCUAAUGCCGCUGGUGGUGAACGUGCUGGAGAACUUAGACUCGGUGUUCACCGAGAACCAGGAACAUGAAGUGGAGCUGGAGUUACUCCGGGAGGACAACGAGCAGCUUCUCACUCAGUACGAGAGGGAGAAAUCCCUCCGAAAGCAGGCAGAGGAGAAAUUCAUCGAGUUUGAAGAUGCACUGGAACAGGAGAAGAAGGAACUUCAGACACACGUGGAGUCUUUGGAGCUACAGACCAGACAGCUGGAACUCAAAUCUAAGAACUAUGCAGACCAACUUAUCAGACUGGAGGAGCGGGAAGCAGACAUGAAGAAGGAAUAUAAUUCAUUACACCUGCGGCACACUGAGAUGAUACAGACUUACGUGGAACAUAUAGAACGAUCCAAGAUGCACCAAGUUGGGGGGAAUGCCCAAUCGGACGGAACGAUGACUGGGAGGAAUAAGAAGGAACGGCCAAAUACUCUGGGCCUCUUCCCUGUACUGGAUGGGAAUCUCCGUGGACAGCAAGUUGGUCGAAUCACUCCUGGUUCUGACAACUGGCAUCUGAGUGAUCUGAGCCAGGCGCCAUCUAAGUGUAGCCUGAAGCUGGAGUUACCAAAUGGUGCAAAUCUCUCUAAUGCUUCUGUCAGUGCUGGUCAAACCUCAAUACACAUUUUGAAUGAAAACCCAUUUACGCCUCUUCCAGGAAUGGGAAAGGAAGUCGAAAAUCUUAUCAUGGAGAACACUCAGCUUUUGGAAACGAAGAAUGCUCUGAACAUAGUGAAGGAUGACCUGAUCGCGAAGGUGGAUGAGCUGUCGAGUGAGCAAGAGGUGCUGAAAGGAGAGCUGGAGACAGUCAAGCAAGCCAAAACCAAGGUUGAGAACCGAAUGAAGGAACUGGAGGAAGAACUGAAGAGGGUUAAGUCAGAAGCUAUCGUGGCCCUGAAUAACAAGGAAGGCAGAGAGGAACUGGAGGAAGUAAGCGAUGAUGUGCAGGUGGCACAGAGGCGGCGUUUCACCCGAGUGGAGAUGGCGAGGGUGCUGAUGGAGCGCAAUCAGUACAAGGAGAGGCUGAUGGAGCUGCAGGAGGCUGUCAGGUGGACUGAGAUGAUCAGAGCUUCUCGAGAAUACCCAUCGAUCCAGGAGAAGAAAAAGUCAAGCAUUUGGCAGUUCUUCAGCCGUCUCUUCAGCUCCUCUUCUACUGCUCAGCCAGCCAAGAGGCCCCCGGUCCUUCAUUAUGCUGCUCCCAACACCUACGGCUCUUCUGGUUUCACCAAACGCCGAAGUCACACUAUGUCCCAGUUAUCUACUGCUGACAGAACGCGAGCCAUAGACUUCCUGCCCGAGGAACAGAAAGUUCCUAAGGAGGAGAAGAAACCAGACACAGAUAAUGAACAAGUUGACUGUACGUCGACCACUCGGCGGGAGCUGAAACGCGAGCAGUACCGUCAGGUCAGGGACCACGUCAGGAACGAUGAUGGGCGACUGCAAGCGUGUGGUUGGAGUCUCCCAGCGAAAUACAAACAGUUGAGUCCAAAUGGCAGCCAAGAAGACAAUCGCAUGAAGAAUGUCCCAAUCCCAGUCUACUGCCGUCCAUUGGUUGCAAAGGAUCCCACCAUGAAGCUUUGGUGUGCAGCCGGUGUGGAUCUGACGGGCUGGAAGCCCCAGUGUGUAGACAACGGGAAUGAACUGGGCCACUCGCAUAGCUGUGACCCCCUCACCUCUGACACUGAGAAGGACGGGAAGAAUAGCAGCAGCCACAGCUCACCUGAUAAAAACAAGAAGAUUCCCAGUGCAGAGGAUGUCUCGAGCCGUGUGUGGAUCUGCACCAGCACACACUCCACCAGUAAAAUUGUCAUCAUUGAUGCCAACCAGCCUGGCACCAUAAUGGAUCAGUUUAUUGUGUGCAAUGCCCAUGUGCUGUGUAUCACCAGUGUCCCGGCUGCGAACGAGAAUGACUAUCCGGCCGGAGAGAUAUUUUUAGAGGGAGACUUGAAUCCGGAUGAUUCCAGUGGAACUGAAGGGGUACUAGCAGGAAUCACCCUGGUAGGAUGUGCAACGCGAUGCAAUGUGCCCCGGAGCAACAGCACAUCUAGAAGUGACACCCCAACAUCUGACAAAGGACAAAGUGAUGUGGCUACUGUUAAAGGUGGGAAGGUUAACCAACCACAGUCUGCUGAAGAGGCAACUGAAGCAACAGAAGCAACAGAAAACAGUGCGGGUGAUGUGGAGUCAGCAUUGACCCGGCCUAGUGCCUAUACAGAGCAUGUGUUCAUGGACCCAGCGCAGACGGAGGAUAGAACUCAGCUCAGGGAAAAUGGUCAACCCAAGGAGGAACCAAAUGCUGGUCAGUCAGUACAGGAAGCAAAUAAUCGCAGCCCCAAUGGAUCGAUUACAAGUGCUGCCCCGACCAUGUGGUUAGGGGCACAAAAUGGCUGCCUUUAUGUUCACUCUGCUGUAUCCAAUUGGAAGAAGUGCCUGCACACCAUCAAACUGAAGGAUGCCGUCCUGAGUAUUGUACAUGUGAAGGGGCGUGUUUUGGUGGCACUAAAUGAUGGAACAUUGGCUAUAUUCCACCGAGCUGAAGAUGGUCAGUGGGACCUGAGCAAUUACCAUCUCAUGGACCUACGACGUCCAAACCACUCCAUCCGUUGUAUGGCUGUCGUGCACGACAAGGUCUGGUGCGGCUACAAGAACAAAAUCCAUGUCAUCCAGCCUAAGACGAUGCAGAUUGAGAAGUCUUUUGAUGCUCACCCACGAAGGGAGAGCCAAGUACGCCAGUUGGCAUGGAUUGGAGAUGGGGUUUGGAUAUCAAUUCGCCUGGAUUCCACAUUGCGCCUUUAUCACGCACACACACAUCAGCACUUACAGGAUGUAGACAUCGAGCCAUACGUCAGUAAAAUGUUGGGUACUGGCAAAUUGGGAUUCUCUUUUGUGCGAAUCACAGCUUUGCUAAUUGGUGGAAACCGCCUUUGGGUGGGAACAGGAAAUGGAGUGGUUAUCUCUAUCCCAUUGACAGAAACUGUAGUUUUGCACCGAGGUCAACUGCUGGGGUUCAGGGCCAAUAAGACCUCACCAACCGGCAGCGAAGGAAACCGUCCUGGCGGAGUGAUUCGUGUGUAUGCUGAUGAGAGCAGUGACAAGGCUUCCAUUGGCAGCUUCAUCCCAUAUUGUUCUAUGGCUCAAGCCCAGCUCUGUUUCCAUGGACAUCGGGAUGCAGUCAAAUUCUUUGCGUCUGUACCAGGUAAUGUUCUGGCAACGUUGAAUGGCAGUGUGUUGGACAGUCCCACAGAGAAUCCAGGACCUACAGCUCCUCAGCAAGAGGAGAGGAAGCUGCAUCCUGUUUUAGUGCUCAGUGGAGGAGAGGGCUACAUUGACUUCAGGAUUGGCGAUGGUGAAGAUGAUGAGACAGAGGAAAGUUUGCCAGAUGGAAUAAGACCGGCUCUCUCCAAGGCAGAACGAAGUCACAUCAUCGUCUGGCAGGUGUCCUAUGUUCCUGAAUGAGAUGUUACUAUCCACAAAACACAUCAUUAAACGCCUGCACUUCAUCCGUAUGUACAUACAAUAUACCCUGCAUUGUACCUGUCCAUGAACAAAGCCUCUCAAAAUCUAUAAAUCGUGUGGCAUUUCGAUCGUAUCCCCACUUUGGACUGGUCGUUUGUUGAAAGUCCAUCACCUUUUGAAUUCAAUUUAAAAACGAAGUGAUAUGAGAAAAUCCUUGGGAAUAGCUAACGCUGGAAUACUUGUUUUGGACACCGAAUCCCCAUUUGCAUUUCACCAAAUUUGUUGCUGUUCCAAGCACAUGUCUAUAUAAUUAACCUGUUAAAACUUUGAACCGACUGUGCAAAGAUGUGACCGUAAUGCAUGCCAGAUGCUGGAGGAGGUAAUUUCACAAGGCAACUUUUCCUAUCUGUUCAUAUACACAUCCUUUAAAAGUUUAAUUGUGUUUCUAAGUAGGAUUUAAUUCCUAUCUUUCAUCAAACAAACUUUACAUCCUCCCCCUAAUGUUUUAUUAAAAAUUCACUACCAAUAACGUUCACCAUUAAAUAGUCACCUGGAACAGUUACUCCACUCGAUUGAGUUUUCCAUGAGGUUCUGCUGUUGCAAUGAAAUCCAAAGGACAGGUGAUGUAAGAGAGCUAGAAGGGCUGGAUAUGUUUUCAAAGACAUCAUUAUGGGUCCCGUAAUAUGGAGCAAUAGAGAUGCAAAGACUGAGAAUUGAUGAGACGCUGUCUGUUUUGUCCAGGGAUGUCGAUGAUGUUCCAUAAUGCACCCAAAGCAGUUUUUAGGUCACUUUGAUCAUAGAUUGGAAUGAUGACAGCAAAUUGGAACCCUCUCAUUUUUAACUACCCCUCUGUUUACCUUUUAAAGGCAGUACCAUUGAGAAUGUUAGUUCUUUCUGGGAGAGGUUUAUCUCCUUUUGAGAUGGGCUUCCACACGUGGCUCUGAGAAAUAAAUUUCGACCACCAUUCAUUGUAGCUGUCAGCGUUCUAGUUGACACUCUUCAGGAUUUGGUGGAGCGUGCUAUUACCUGUGUUAAUGUGUAACUAUUACUGACCAGAGAUAGGAAACUAUGGAAUUUCAAAGGGAUGCAUUCAUUUCAGAAUGUCAUUGAGUUCUGCAAAAAUUCUGGAGCAAAAUGAGAGGGUUUUAAAAAUGGCUGUCACUUUCAAUUAACCAUUUUAAUCAGAGUAUUUUUUUUCCAUGAUAUACAUCUCUUUGUAUUUUAAGUAGUUAUAUAUUGGGUUAUAUUUUGGGAACGAGAAUUAGUCUUGGAGAUCUGUGGUGGCAAUGAAAUAAAAUCAAGGACUCGGACACAGGCUAUACCAUUUUCUGGAAAAGUAUCUUUGCUUUUCAGAUCCAUGGAUAGGUAGCUGUAGAUUAUGUGCAAGACUGUAGCAAAUUAUCUCAAGGACACCUUGGCCUUGGGCCCGCUGGAUGGAACGUGUAGAAAGACAUUUCAGUAUUCAUCAGCAACCUAUGUCAGCUACAUUUUCAUCAUGUCACAGAAAUAUUCAUGAUGUAUAUUCAUGGUGUUCCAGUAUUGAGUGAGAUACCUUAUGCUUUGAAGUUUCUCUUUACUUGCGCCCAGUUGUCCUUUUAAAAAGUAAGUGUCUUGAGAAAAAGGACAGCAAAUCUAAAAGGGGUUUUGGAUAGUGCAGACUGGCGAAGGCAAUGAUUACAUACUGUGGCUCAUACUAAGGUAUUCAGUAUUACUUCCUAAGUUAUCCACAAGCAGUCCUUGCUACUCUGACCAGUAGUUUUAGUACUUAGCUAGUUCUGGAUACAAAAAACUUUUGUAUAGGUCUUGUCAUCUUUCUCAAGUUAAAUCAAUUGAAAAGCAUAUAAAAAGUGCAAAUUUAGAACUGUUUGUUAGCAAAGAAGAAAAAGGAUUCAAGGGAAUAAAUGGCAUUUUCUUGUCUUUGUUCGCACCCUUAAAUGGGAUGAGUUAGAUGGUGCGACACCUGGGGAGGAAGCAAUGGAACAGAAUUUGAGCAGGUGAUUGCUGGCCGGUGCACUGGUGGCACCACUGGAGAAGGGUACAUUCAUUCUUCUGGGGCAAAGGACAGUACAGCAGCGGUAAAUAUUUAGGAGAUGACGUGGAGCAAGUUUGAAACUCAAAGCACUUAAUUGUGUUCGAAACGGACACUUAGUUUUAUCAGUUCCUGUCUGAGCCAUAUGGGAAUGCUGAGAAUUACUAAUAAGAAUUGAGUGACUGUUAUGUUCAGCAGACAACGUCAGUGGGUAUAUCUGAGUCAGCUGCACAAGGGUAUAGAUAGGAAAACUUUUGAGUGUGGAUUUACAGAGAUUUUCUUUUAACGUGACCAUGUACAUAUCCUGGAAUACAUGUUUUAAAUGUUGUUAGUGAAUUCAAAACCUUUACAAUCAGUAAUUCUUCAGUAUAGAUAUACAAGUUCAUAUAACGCACCACCCUCGGAGUAUUCCACACCUACACCUUUCUUCCUUGAUGUACUGUGGGUCAUUUUGACCAAGGAGCAGGAAGAAAGCUGAUCAGUUCAGUCAGUUCUAUUAUUCUGACCAAGAUGCAAAGUAAGAGGGAGUAAAUUUUGAAUGUAGUUGACUGUCAAGUUUGGAAAUGGAGCUCAGAGGGGAAACAAAAUCCUGGCAGUGACUGGAGGUAAUGUGCCAGCUGUUCUUCAGUGAAAUCUGCAUCCAAGGCAAGACAUAAUAAUCAACAUAUUGGUUUGGAAAUCAUCAGGGAUCUGCUUUUAUCCUCUGGCUACGUGAGUGCAUUAUGUUUGCAACUUAUACUCGGCUCCCCUCUUGAGUAGGUGAUAAUUUUUCAGGGUCCAUAGAUUUUUGCUCUUCUGGGCAUUCAGAAUGUCCUCUGCCAGUAGAAAUUUGAGGUUUUUCUCAUGUCAUGUAAAGUAUCUCUUGUGUAUUACAUACUCGGGAGCAAGAGAUUCUGCAGUGUAAACUCGAGAGUCCUGUACAAAAAGCUGUCUGGUGUAUAAUGAAAAGGUCGGGUUGGGUGUACAGAGAGGGUUGGCUGGUGUAAGGAUAUGUUCUGAGCUAUUUUCCCUGUGCAUUGUAAUUAACUUAAUUAACAUGUAAUUGUUCCAUAUGUAAUAAACAUACUCACAUCAUAA